AUUUGCGCCACUCAUCAGACCACACCCCUAUCUCUUCCGCAAAAAGCCGCUCCUGCACUCUCUCUCUCUUCUUCUUUACACCAAACCACAAUCUCCGAUUCUUUGUUUUUAUUUUUAUUUUAAUAAAGUUCUCUUCUUUCGCUUUGUCAACUCUUCCGCCAUCUGUUGCUACAACACCCACUUCCCUGUUCUUCUCCGUUUCCAGGGCUUGAAGCAAAGAUGGCACAGAUCUUGGCACCUUCUCCAAAAUGCCAGAUGGGUGUGCCGAAGCACUCGGUCAUCUCCAGCCCUGCAGCUUCGUCGAAGCUAUGGAGCUCUGUAGUGCUGAGGCAGAACAAGCAGAGCGGGAAACUGAACUGUUCUAACAAGUUUAGGGUUUUGGCCCUCCAAUCCGACGACAGCACUGUCAAUAGGCUCGAGGGACUUCUCAACUUAGACACCAAACCUUACACUGACAAGAUCAUCGCCGAGUACAUUUGGAUUGGAGGAUCUGGAAUCGACCUGCGAAGCAAGUCAAGGACAAUCGAAAAGCCGGUUGAACAUCCUUCCGAGCUUCCCAAGUGGAACUAUGAUGGUUCAAGUACUGGACAAGCGCCUGGUGAAGACAGUGAAGUCAUUCUUUAUCCACAAGCUAUUUUCAGAGAUCCUUUCCGAGGAGGCAACAACAUCUUGGUUAUCUGUGAUUGUUAUACGCCAGCCGGUGAGCCCAUUCCCACGAACAAACGUGCCCGAGCAGCUGAGAUUUUCAGUGACAAGAAAGUCGUAGAUGACAUUCCAUGGUUCGGUAUUGAACAAGAAUACACCUUACUCCAACAGAACGUGAAGUGGCCUUUGGGCUGGCCUGUUGGAGCUUAUCCCGGUCCACAGGGUCCUUACUACUGCGGAGUUGGAGCCGACAAGUCUUGGGGCCGUGACAUUUCGGAUGCUCAUUACAAGGCUUGCUUAUAUGCUGGAAUUAACAUUAGCGGUACCAACGGGGAAGUUAUGCCAGGACAGUGGGAAUUCCAAGUUGGCCCGAGUGUUGGCAUUGAAGCAGGUGAUCAUAUCUGGUGUGCCCGAUACCUUCUCGAGAGAAUCACGGAACAAGCUGGAGUCGUCCUCACGCUUGAUCCCAAGCCGAUAGAGGGCGACUGGAACGGUGCUGGAUGCCACACCAAUUACAGUACGAAGAGCAUGAGAGACGACGGAGGGUAUGAAGUGAUCAAGAAGGCGAUCCUGAAUCUCUCGCUCCGUCACAAGGAACACAUCAGCGCUUAUGGGGAAGGGAACGAGAGAAGGUUGACGGGAAAGCACGAGACUGCGAGUAUCGAUACAUUCUCAUGGGGAGUGGCAAACCGUGGAUGCUCGAUCCGUGUGGGCCGUGACACCGAGAAGAAUGGAAAAGGUUACUUGGAGGAUCGGCGUCCAGCUUCGAACAUGGACCCGUACGUUGUGACGUCACUCUUGGCCGAGACGACGAUCCUGUGGGAGCCAACGCUUGAGGCUGAAGCUCUUGCUGCUCAGAAGCUUGGCUUGAAUGUCUGAAACCCCAGACAUGAAGAUAUCAAAGCCAAAGCCAGCCAUUGUUCUUCUUCACCCUGGUUUUUUUUUCCAAGUUCUACGCAAAGAAAAAAAAGUCUGUGUAAAUAAAGAUCCUGAAACGAUGAACACCCAUGUUCCGAUCUUUGUCAGAUUCAGAAGCUCGUCGUGUCUGAGAGUAUUUGCUUCGGAUUUGCUGCAGUUUUUGUUAUUUUAUAUGUUUCCUGUCUUCUCCAUUCUUAAA